ACGUGAACUACAACAGGGGAGGUAAGUCUGUACAACAGGGCGGUAAGUCUGCCAUUACUGCGUUCACUGGCAGGGAUAAAUUUCCCCACAUAAACAUUCAGCCACUGUCGGAUCUCGGGGCGUGGUUAAUACGAUAGUACUCAGAACUUUACCAGCAGUUGACGUUGAGCGGGCCAUGUAUGAUAUCAUGAAGGAAAACGUCGAGGAUCUUCGAACUCCCAACCUGUGGUUGGCCUUGACUUCGGAGUUUGCCGGAACCCUGAUCAUCACCCUGCUGGGAUGUGGAACCUGGUCGUCAUGGCAGCUCGGCGGUGGCAGCGUGCCCACGGCCUUGACCUUUGGCCUGACCGUGGCCACGGUGGUCUGGGUGUUCAACCACAUCUCCGGGGGUCACGUCAACCCGGCCGUGUCCAUCGCCGCCCUCUUCACUAGGCGGGUCAGCAUCAUCAGAGGUGUGUUGUACAUCAUCGCCCAAGUUGUUGGAGGAAUUGUGGGAGCCGCCAUCUUGUACGGCCUCACCCCCGUCAAAUACCACGGCAUCCUCGGCGCCAACGUCCUCGCACCGGAAGUCACAUCAGCUCAAGGGUUCGGCGUGGAGCUGCUGGUCACCUUUGUGUACGUGCUGACCUUCUUCGCCUGCCUGGAUGAGAAGCGAACUGACCUCAGAGGGUCAGCCCCCCUCACGAUUGGUCUGGCCGUCGUCGUCUGCCACCUGUUUGCUAUUCCCUACACCAGAGCCGGAUUGAAUCCAGCUCGCAGCUUUGGCCCAGCUCUCAUUAUGAAUACAUGGGAAGGUCAUUGG